UUUUUUUUCUUACACCGUGUGAAUGUUAAUGUAUGUGCAGCAACUCUCUUCCUCAAUCUUACGAAAGCAGUUCAUUUCCGAGGGAGUUGAGGUUACCUGUGCAGGCGCGAAUUCAUAACAACUGAACGCAGGUUGACAAAUUUCUGAUUUGGGGAAAACGCGGUGGUUUGCAGGCACCUUACCUUGGGGAAAAGUUAUCGGCUGAUGGAAAGCGUUUGUGUUUAGAAAGCAAGAUGAAACAAGCAAAAAGUACAUUUGAACUGAUUGACUUGAGCUUUCUGUCUGCUGAGGAAGAGGCAGCCAUCCGUCACGUGCUUCUUAGAGAUGAAGAUUUAAGACGACUGGAGAGUGGACGUGUCAGAAAACUGAGGCAGUCGGUCCCUGACCUUCACCAGCUAAGGACUUUGACAGGUGAGUGGUUUGAGGAGCUCAAGGUCAGGCGAUAUGGGGAGCAGACGGAUGUCACAGCAGUGGUGCGGUCCUCCAUGAGAUGGAAGAAAACAGCAGCUCAUAAACCCAACCCGUUCCAGAAGGAUACAGUAGACAAGAAAAAAGAGCAUGAAAAGGAGGAUCACAGCACAACUUCAAAUCCAUCAGCUGACCCUAGAUUAAUUCAUCCAGCCCUUAGUAAAGAGAAAUAUAAUAAAUUUAGUGAUGAGGACUUGGAUGUUGAGGCUUCGUCUUUUCCAAGAGUGGCUGCAAGGAAAGAAAAACUAAAAGCAGAAGUCAAUGGCAAUCAUGUCCUCAGUGGCACUGACCCACAACGCAGUUCAUCAGAAACACAACCCAAAGAGCUCUUUGGUGACCAAAUAACAACUGUUUUUCCCUUCUUAAGUGCAGCUCAAGACACUAAACCUGAAAGAGGCACCCCAAAACAUGCACCAAAUCCAGAGCCGAGGCGAAAAGUUUCACUCCCUCCAGCAUUACGGAAAGACCAAUCGUUUGAAGAAAACUGGGUCAAGAUCUCUCUCGAACCAAACGCAGUGAAACCAGUGCAUGAUGAAAGCAAUAGUGUUGGGCCUCAACAAAAAGAGGUAAAAUCACAUUUUGAGACUACAGAGACCUUAAAGAAGCAGGACACACCAAGUCCAAACACAGAGCCUCCGUCUUUAACUUUCACGGAUCAAACAUCAUUGCAAACUGUAUCUCACACUGAGCCUGAAGAGUUUAACCAAGAUGUUUUCUUAGAAAUAUGUUCGUCGACUGAGUUUCACAAUCAACCACAGACUUCCUUAGUUUUUACCAGUGGUGGACCAAAAUUAACUAAUGACUCAGAUGACGAGUCUACUAAUGCUUUCCAAGGUAGAGAUCAGCAGCGUUCAGUUGAAUGUACGUUAAGAGAGUCUGAAAGCGAUAAACUGAGUCCCUCAGACUCUGCUAAUGAGCACGAUAAGAGAACGACGGUCUCCGGAGAUGAUCUUAAUGAUGAGGCAAGUUCAGACAGGAAGGGAGGUGAGGGAAAAAAUGUAAGCACUGGUUUACUUGCAGAGACAGAUACAGAUCAAGCAGAGAGUGUAGCUGGUGUGGAACAAAUCAAUUCCUCUGCUGAAAAAGCAUCCAGAAGUCAGUCAUUAAAAUGGGGGAUUGAAAUGGAUUCUUAUGAAUUUUCCUCUGAUACUCUGCAGGGGAAAGCUGCCCAAAGUGAUUCUGAUGAUGUCCAACCAGUCGAAAUGGAAAAGAAAACACCUAAUAAAAAUGAGCAGUCAAGUGUCAGUGACAAUACUGUGCAAAGAUAUCUUGAUGCCUAUGAAGAUAAAGAAAAAAAGUCAUCAAAUGAUUGGAAUUUACCAGAAGACGCUACCAAAACAAGUCAAGUUUUAGCAGAAUUAAGCCAAGACUAUCUGUCAAUGACAGAUGAUGGGAAAUUAGUGCAUGUUGGAAAUACUGGAGUGCAAGUUAACACUAACAUUAUCAACAAAACUGCUGCUGAAUCAAUUCAACCAGCUAAACCUACAAGUGAAGAUGUUCCUGGACUAGGUCAAGGUUCUUCAGAGAUGAAAGAUGAGAAGGACAGUGAAACCGAGCAGAAGACGAAGCCAGACAUUCUACUAAGUGCUCUGGGAAGAGCUCAAAAGGCAAGACCACCCGUCUUGCCGAACAUCACCGUUCAGGAAACUAGAGAUAAUACAGUUCCUACAAUAGUCAUUAUGCCAUCUGAAUCUCCAGGUCCAACAGAAAUUAAAGGACAAAAACAUGGAGUAUCAGAUAUAGAGGCUUUACUUAAGGGAUCCACAUCUAAAACCCCUUCCUACACUGCAGACACUUGGGAGGAUGAAGGAGUUGAUUCAGAUGAUGAUGAUACUUCGCUAUCCAGCUAUGGGUCGGAUCUUUCCAGCAGAAAAGGCUAUUCGGCUAGUGCGCUGUCUCUUACUGAUCGCACUGGUAGUUCGCUGAGUGUGUACAGCGACGCAGGGGAUUUUGGGAAUGUUGAGGUCCAGGGCUCUGUGGAGUUCGCGGUGAUGUACAGCCCUGUCGGAGAGCUCAUCAUCAUGAUUGAGCAGUGCCAGGAUCUGGCUAUUGCUAAUCCACGUAAACAACGAACUGACCCUUAUGUGAAGACCUAUCUUUAUCCAGACAAGUCACGUCGCAGCAAAAGGAAAACGUCCAUUAAGAAACGGACCGUGAAUCCAGUUUACGUUGAAUCCCUCAGGUACAAAGUGAAACAUGAAGAGCUGCCGGAUAAAAUUCUGAACCUGUCCGUGUGGCACAAUGACUCCAGGGGCCGAAAUGUGUUCCUGGGGCAGGUUGAAAUCAGUUUCAAGACCUGGGACUGGGGACAUGAGGCCCUCACCUGGUACAACCUACAGCCAAAGACUUCAGAAAAUCAAGAAUCGCAAGAGUCUAAUGGAUUGUUUUCAGUUUCACUGAAAUAUGUUCCUCCAGAGUCUGGUGGGUCGAAGAACAGCACCGGGGAGAUUCAUGUCUGGCUGCGAGAGGCUAAAGAAUUACGUCGCCUGAAGCCACAGGGAGUCGAUUCUUUUGUUAAGUGCUACAUUUUACCAGAUACCAGAAAGAAAAGCCGCCAGAAGACUCGUAUUGUAAAAAAGACCCAGGACCCUGUGUAUAACCAUGCCAUGGUGUAUGACGGGUUCAAAACUGGUGAGGUCAGCGAGGCCUGCUGCGAAUUGACUGUUUGGGAUCACAACACGCUCACCAAUCAAUUUCUGGGCGGUCUGCGCCUCAGUCUUGGAACAGGACAGAGCUAUGGCAAGAAAGUUGAUUGGAUGGAUUCGAUGGAAGAGGAGAUUCAAAUAUGGAAAAGAAUGUUGGCCAAUCCAAACAGCUGGGUUGAGGGAGAGCUUCCCCUGAGGUCCUCCAUGACCCCGAGGAAAUGAACCUUGUGAAGUUGUGGUCUUGAAUGUUUAGUUGCGAAAGAAAAACAACUGUUGGUUCCCAAAACAAACUGUUUUUAAAUCAGUUUCUUCAUUUCAACCCUUCUCUCAACCAAAAAAAAACAAAACAUUUUCUGCAACAUAAAAAGAGUGUACCAAAUAAUUACAUAAUGCUUAAUCAUAUCAAAUAAUUUAGUCAUACAUAAAUUGAUGUAUGUAUUUUAAGAGAUGUGAUUGUUGUGAUUAAUUCCAAAAUAAAAAAGUGAAAGAGAA